AUGCUUGACAUUUGGUCAUGGAUAUCCGACCUCCCCAAUUCGGCCGAGUGGGCCGAGUCAGACUCACCACAUACUUUUGAACUCGCUAGCUCCGGAGCGAGUUACGACAGCAACCCAACUCGGUCGAUCCAACUCCAUGCAGAGCGCACCACAGGCUCCAACAUCGACACUCUAGUGACUUUCUCAGUAUGCUUGCACGGCUUCAACAACCAGUACCAUCCUAAAAAGACGAUUUGGGUUUCUGACACGUGUUCACUCUCCUCAGACAAACCCUACCUCCCCCUGUUGCUCCAGCUCCUCCGAGAAAUCAUAUCCCGCUCCCCCACCGCUCACGACAGCACCUGCCCUCGCUCCCAGCUCCAGACUCUCAAACCCGACCCAUUUUCCUGGAUCAUGGACUCCCACUCCCCCGAGUCCUUCUCCACCUUCUUCGACCUCGUCUUCGUCACGCGCCUCUUCUGGCUCUGCGCGUGCGACUCGCCGACCGAAGUCGGCUCUCUGUACUUCAAAUCCUUGCUGGCUCCCAACCUCGAAGCCUUACUGUGCAAGCAAGCGCCGGCUCUCCGGACGUUUCUGAUCACCGUCGGCUUGGACGCAGAGCUCUGCUUCAUGCGCACCGUUGGGUACAUGUUAGCAAAGUGGUGCAUUUUAAGAGAGGUGGGUGUAGGCUUGCAGACGCUGACGUCAUCGCCGUCGCAGAACUUGGGGUUCUCUUACGCGACGGAAGCUUGCGGGUUUUGGGUGCUCAAGGCUUACGCGCCGGUGAUGGGGAUGAGAACCACACGCUCCGUCAACUUGAACCAGAAAAAUCAGUUUCCGGCUUUGGAAACUAGAGACUCGGUGCUAAAAUACGCCUUGGCGCACCAGCAGCUGGAGGCGGUUGUUCAGGUGGAAUAUUCGGUGGGGUUUUACGACGGGUUUAUUCAGGUGACUGCACGUGUCGACAACCUGCGCUUCCACGUGGUGAACCUCGGAUUCAACAAAAACGAUGACGUGGACUACGCGGAGGAGAAGUAUUUCCCGUCGAGAGUCCGGGUCUGGGUCGGGCCAGAAGUCGGGGCGAAUUACGUGAAUGGGUUGAGUUUGGGCCGGUCCACUGAUAACGGAGAGAGAGAAGUCAAAACGCAGAGGAUUACGAAGGGCAGUUUCGCAAAAUCAAAGGUUCCGAAAGUGCAAAGCGCGGCGAGGGUGUCGACGAGGAUGAGGAAGAGGAACUGGAGGUGGGACCAGGACGCUGAGGGAAACGCGGCCGUAUUCGAUGCGGUGCUGUGCGACAACAUGACGGGUCAUGAGGUGGCCACGUGGAACCCGGCUAUUGGGGAGCAGAGCGACGGUUUGCGACAGCGAUACACUGGAGCAAAUAGGCCGUUUACUAAAAAGGGGAGUUUGGUGUUGAGUGGGGAUGAGUAUGGGGAUGGGGUUGGGUGGAGACUGAACAGAGAGAUGGAAGGGAGUGUGCUCAAGUGGAGAAUAGGAGGGAAAGUUUGGUUGAGCUAUUGGCCCAAUGAGGUGAACAGUUCAUAUUUUGAGACAAGGUGUGUGGAGUGGUGUGAUGAGGUUGAUUUGCCUUUGAUUAUUGGGCAUGUUCCCCACCAACAACCACUGCCACAGCAACCAUCUCUUCAAGCUUCUCUGCAGCAUCCAAGGAGACGCCACUACCCAUUUGAAGACCCGUACAUGUACCAAAUUUGGGUGCAAUGCUGGCUGUGGAUCAGUCACUAUAGCAGCCAGGCUCUAACUCCCUUUGAGCAUUUUAGAGUUGCUUAUAUUGCUUGUUGUAAAAUUUUCUCAUUUGUUGAGGAAAUCCCUGCAGUUGAGGCUGGGUUUUGUAGUGGAAUGAAUAUGACAAUAGAAUUCUUUCUAAUAGAGGCAUCUGAUUUCCUUCUUCUCGGUGACACUGUCCAGACUGAGAUGCUAGUUGGGAGUCAUACCCCUGAAGAUUCUGAGCUGAAAUGCCUAUGUGGGCUUCCUGCAAAACUGAGAUUAUCUCAAACCCCAAAAAACCCGUUUAGGUUAUUCUAUAAUUGUCCAAAGGGUAUAUCUGCACAAUGUGAAUUCUUUCGUUGGUCGGAUGAGCCAGCUCCAACGGGCGAUAGGGAGACCGAUGAGCAAAAUCUUAUCCGUCAUGAGUGCAUUCGACUACAAGAAAGCUUAAAUGAAAUCCAACAGGAACUGGAUUGUGAGAGGACUGAAUGGGGUAGGGAAAAAUCAGAGCUAACUUCACAACUAUCAACUCUGCAAUCUGAGCUUGAUGCUCUCAAGAAAAGAAUCAAGAUGGCAAAUGAAUCAGAUCUUAUGCCCCCUCUUGACAAGCUAUCCAUAGCAGAUGAUAAGGAUGAUGAUGCCUUAGUACUACAUACUGUAUGCUGA